AGGAACCGCGUUUACUUACUCUACAUCUCAACAUGUCUGGUCGUGGUAAAGGAGGCAAAGUCAAGGGAAAGUCAAAGACCCGUUCCAGCAGGGCCGGACUUCAAUUCCCCGUCGGUCGUAUCCACCGAAUGCUCCGCAAGGGAUCGUACGCUGAGCGCGUUGGUGCCGGAGCGCCCGUCUACUUGGCUGCCGUCAUGGAGUACUUGGCCGCUGAGGUCCUCGAGUUGGCCGGUAACGCCGCCCGUGACAACAAGAAGACCCGCAUCAUCCCUCGUCACUUGCAAUUGGCCAUCCGCAACGACGAAGAGUUGAACAAACUUCUCUCCGGGGUCACCAUCGCUCAGGGUGGUGUUUUGCCCAACAUCCAGGCCGUUCUCUUGCCCAAGAAGACCGACAAACCCGCCAAGGCUUAAACUUCUCCCGUCUUUGAAUAAACGGCCCUUUUCAGGGCCACCAAUUUAAUUUUGAAAAAAAGAAUUUGCUAAAUGCUAUAUUUCGCACAUUAUUUCGUUUCUGACUGAGAGAAAAACUUUAUUAACAUUUUACA